AUGUUGCCGUGCCGCUCUCUCCCUCUGUCUAUUCUCUUGCUCCUCCUGGUUGUUGCCGAGGCGGGCCUGUGCGUUGCUGUCACGACCCAGCUGCACGGUGGUUUCCGUGGCUGCGCGGUGCGGGAUUUUUCCUUCGUGGCCCAGAAGCCGGGAUGCAGGAACCUUCGCAUCGAGACGGAGGCCUGCUGGGGCCGCUGCCAUACCUGGGAGAAGCCGCUCCCAGAGCCCCCCUACGUUCAGCGGCAUCACCGUGUGUGUUCCUACGGUCGUACUCGCUACCUGACGGCCCGUCUGCCAGGCUGCCAGCCCCACGUCUCUCCGCUCUACCCCUACCCCCUCGCUCUGCAGUGUCACUGCACCGUCUGUUCCACACAGGAGACGGAGUGUGAGACGUUCUGAUAACAACUUCUCUGUGUGUGUGUGUGUGAAAAGAUUUAAGGUUGAUUUAAGCAAUGAGGCCCGAGGGGUUGUGGUAUAUGGACAAUAUACCACGGUUAAGGGCUGUUCUUAAGUACGACGCAACGCGGAGUGCCUGGACGCAGCCCUUAACCGUGGUAUAUUGGCCAUAUACCACAAACGCCCCG